UCCCUCAUCAUGAUAACUUGAAACAUUGUUGUUGCAUCAAACUUUGGUGAGUGUCGAUGGCAGAGGGGGAGAGUCCAAGUGUGAUGCCAAAAGUGAUCACUUUCCUCUCCUCUCUACUUGAGAGAGUAGCUGAGUCAAAUGAUCACAACCAAGAACAGCAUCAGCAGAAGAUCUCAGUGUUCCAUGGCUUGACACGACCCAACAUCUCAAUUCAUAGCUACCUUGAGAGAAUCUUCAAGUACGCUAAUUGCAGCCCCUCAUGCUUCAUUGUUGCCUAUGUCUACCUCGACCGUUUCACUCACAAACAACCCUCCUUUCCCAUCAACUCAUUCAAUGUGCAUCGCUUGUUGAUCACAAGCGUCAUGGUUGCUGCCAAAUUCAUGGACGACAUGUACUACAACAAUGCUUACUAUGCAAAAGUUGGAGGAAUCACCAAAAUAGAGAUGAAUUUUCUUGAGUUGGAUUUCUUGUUUGGUCUGGGAUUCCAUUUAAAUGUAACCCCAGGAACCUUCCAAGCCUACUAUGUCCAUCUCCAAAGAGAAAUGCUGCUGAUGCAACCUAUAAAUUUUGCAGAUUCAACCCUAACUUUAGGAAAAUCACUAAAGGCCCACUUGUGCUUCAAUGAGGAUGAAUCUUCUCAUCAAAAGCAACAACAACAACUAGCUGUUUGAUUCCUUUGCAUUUUCUCAAUGCAUGUAGUGUGUAUGGUUGACUAGUUGUAAUUAAAUCUAGUGAAUCUUUUACAGUCUGGCAAGUAAACUACUUUUCCUUGUGCUAUUCUAA